AUGGCAAUAAGUAUUAUCCGCCAUCAUCUCACUAAGGGUCUAAAAGAUCAGUAUCUCACUAUUGAGAAUCCUCUAGAACUUUGGACCGCUUUACAGCGGAGAUAUGAUCACCAGAAAACGGUGUUACUACCAAAGGCUACAUAUGAUUGGAAACAUCUGAGAAUCCAAGAUUUGAAAACCGUGGAUGAAUAUAACUCAGCUCUAUUCAAAAUUGUCUCCAAGAUGAGACUUUGUGGUGAGACUGUAACAGAGAAGGAUUUGUUGGAAAAGACUUUCUCCACAUUCCAUUCUAGCAACGUGUUGCUGCAACAUCAAUACAGAAAGAAAGGUUUCACCACCUAUACUGAUCUGAUCUCAUGCCUAUUAUUUGCUGAGGCUAAUAAUGAGUUGCUCAUGAGGAACACUGAGAUGAGACCUCCUGGAUCAACUCCAUUACCUGAAGCCAAUAAGGCUGUAGAGGAAAAGAAAGAACCCACCAAAGAAAGUAACCACGUCCAUCAUGAUAAACCACACGGCUAUAGAAAUGGCUAUGGUAGAGGAGGCCGUGGUGGAUGGAGAGGACGUGGUGGGCGUGGCAAUUAUAGCUCACACGGCCGUGGGAAAGGGAACCACUAUAACCGUGGUAGUGGUCCCAGCUAUGGCCGGUCCCAGGUAUGGCCGUGGUCGAGGCAGAAGCAGUGGUAUCUCUAA